AUGAGUUUAUUAGAGCGAGUGUCACCUUUACACUCUCCAUCUUCAAAGAGCAACUGUUCUCGUGGAUACUUUCAAGUACCCAAUAAAAGUAAUGGUGUUGAUUCACUCAGUGAGUCUGCAAUAAGUAAUGUAGUAAAUGACUCUGACUUAGAUACUGAGAGAAGUUUCUAUAAUAGACGUAACAAGUAUCCAUUCACAUCAGACGAAAGAACAAAAUCACCCAGCUCAUCUCAGAUAUUAAAAGAUGAUUCUUAUUUACAAGGUUACAUAAAUAAGAAAGACAUGAACCGGAAAGUACUCCGAGGGAGGAGUUAUUUUCCUGCUUUUGAAAAACUACAGAAAGAUCAAUUUUAUUCCCAAUAUAUACGCCAACAGAAUAAUAAGUCAUCACCUCUGGGAGACAAAUUUGAUAUUCAAGAGAGAUACCAACAACAAAAAAUCAUAAUAGAAAACAAAUCUCAAAAGGAACGUGCUGACAGUCUUGCUGAUGACCAAAAGAAUGAAUCGUCUAACAAUAACUGGCAGUCCAGGAGCCCACAUGUUCAAAUAUUAACCCCAAAGUUACAUUCCGAUGAAGCACAAGAACAACAACAGGACGAAUCCCAAAUCCAAAUCAUUCCAAUUAUUUCAUCUUCAAUAAACUUACCAAGGGACUUCAUAGAUUGUUCUAUCGACCAUCUUAUAACUUUAAUAUCCCGUAUGCUAAAGUCCUUAAUAGUACUUAAUGAUAGCAACGUACCUACAUCCAUCUCAAGUCCUCAAUCAGAAACUGAUGCAGGAAGUAACAAUGGGAAUAAUAGGUCCUCUGUGCUUACAAGAUACCACUCAAGAACACCGCCAAGCAUUUCUAUUCCGACAUAUUUGUCAAGAUUGACAAAGUUCAACAAUUUUACUACGGCCACUCUAUUGACCACAAUUUAUUAUAUAGAUUUGUUAUCUCAUCAUUAUCAACCAUUCUUCACCUUGAACUCUUGGACUGUGCACAGAUUUUUACUAGUUGGUACGAUGCUUUCGCAAAAAUCUAUGGAAGAUUUCUUUUAUACAAAUGAUCAUUAUGCUAAAGUCGGAGGUGUUGCAGUGAGUGAAUUAAAUUGCUUGGAAUUAGAUUUCUUAAGCAGGGUAGAUUGGAAAUGCAUACCCGCUAAACACCUAGAGAAUGGAAAAUCUAGUAUCAAAUAUGCAAAGGACGUAUUGGAUUUGUAUUACGCUCAAUUAAUUCAAUUGAUGGGCAAAAAUGUAUCCAAAGACGAUCAUAAUUAUUUUGAAGCUGGAACUCAAAAUGAAUCUGACGUCAAUAGCGGUCAGAAAGGUACCAUGGAGACAUCCGAUUCACAAAUUGAAAUCAAUGGACAAGAUGCUGUUUCAGAGGAUGAAGAAAUAGGAGAAAGAGAAGAAGAAGGAGAAGAAGACGAGGGAGAAGACGACGAAGGAGAUGAUUAUGAUAAUUAUGAUUCUGACGAAGAAAUCGAAUAUCAACGUUCUCCUGAAGCUUUUCCUGCUUCAGCUUCAAGGAAAGGAAGUAGUACUGAAGAGGCAGCAAGUGCUGCAACUCUUGGAAUUAGCUAUUCAAAUAAAUUUGACGUAUUUGGCUACAGCAUUGAUGGGUCUUCUUCUCCACAUUUGAAAAGGAGGUUUUCUAUUCAAUCUGAGGAUUAA